GGAUUGAAGCUAGUGUGAAGACUAUCAAAUUGCAAUCUAGUACAACAGGAACAAUUAACGUAACAGAUGUGCAAACUAUUCAGCACAACGUUAUGUUGAAAAGCAGAGCUUCCAACUUAUUUGGAUCUAAUUCUGACGCGAAAGCUGCUCCCGAUGUUGCAGUAUACAUUAUGUUUAACUUUGUGGAUAGUUUUAGCGGUUAUCGGACAGAUGGUAUUGGAAAUUUGGCUUUAUAA